CGAAUAAAAGAAAAGCAAAGAAAAACAGAGAAACACAGAGCAUACCCAUUUAUCAAAUUCUAGAGAAACAUAAAGGAGAGCAAUAAAUAAAACAUUGACACUUAAAGCAAAAUCAACGCUCGCCGCCAUACUCAGUUUCGGUUGCCGCGUCAAAGAUUUUCGUUCGUUUGCUCCAUUGCCUGGCUGUGAGUGUGUCCCCCCCCCCAUCCAUCUAUGCAAAAAUUCUUAUUCGUGAAUAGAAAAUUCCGGCGACAACAUGUUUGUGGUAACUGCAAAUAAUAGCCAGACCAUUUGACAACUACUGUUAAACACCAACGGAUAUUAUCUGCAGGCAACGCAGCAUCAUCAUCAGCAUAAUCAUCGAAAUCUUUUUCUGCCGCAGCAGCAGCAAUCGCAGCGACGAGAGCAAAGUGCAGCAGUCACGCCAAAGUGUUGUGUGAAUAUUUUGAAUUUUUUUAAUUAUUUUUCGUUUGAAUAUUUUCGUUAUAAUUUCAAGCGGUUUGCACUCAUUUCUACUAUUAGUGAAAACGUAACGGAUAUUUUCGUGCCAUACGGUUCUAAGAGAAAAUCUACCGCAUGUGGGUUCCACUGUUAAACGAGACAUUCGCAAAGACUUGGAUGAACUACGGGGUGUUUAAGCCAAGCCACAGAGCCGCAAGCAAGCAAAGCAAAAUCAUUGUCAUCGACGUUUUAUCGCCUACAUCGAUUCCAAUUAUUCUAAUAGUGCCGGUACUCAUCAUAGCUGCCAUUGUUGGCUUUGAGAUUUUCAUAGUGUUAUUCUUCCUCAACGAGUGCUUCUUUAUUCUAAGUCAGUUAAUAACGACGGUCUUGAUGAAUGACUUUCGGUUAAAAACCUUCUAUUGUAAAAAAUCUUCUUCCAAAAAAAGCAACAAAUCCAGUGUAACUGCCAAGCAACAACUAAGUCCCACAGCAACUGUGCCCUCAUCAACAACAGCAGCAGCAGCAGCAGCCGCAACGGCCUCAGUGUCCGCUUUAACCAUACUGAGUAGUAAGAGUAAAGUGAAAACCAACAGCAACAACAACAAUCAUCUACGUACUUACCACAACAGUAGCAAAUCGAAAAAAGUCUUUCUCUAUUAUACACCACGCGAUCCACGUUUAAGGAUUUUCCAAAAUAGAAAAACUAAACAAUUAACACGGCCCAAUAGACCCCAGUGUAGUUGUAAAAUUAUUCGCAUCCACUUGCAUUCGCCCUCAUUUCAGUGUCAUAGUUUUGUGGAUGAGUUUAGCAAUAAAAGUCUUCUAAAGAUAACAGAUGAUUUGUGUAAUUAUGGUGAAUUAAUUGGCGGUGGCCGCCGUGGUGAAUUGACAACAAGUGGUGUUGGUGAAGUAAAACACAAACAACAACAACAAAAACCAACCAGUGCAGCAAGUGUAAACAAAUCUGUGAGUGUUUCAAUUAGAAAUUGUGAUAAGAAUAGAGAAAAUAGGCCAUUGAUAAAGCAAAUAGAGAAAAACGUGAGUGACAAGUGUAUUAUUAUUAUUGUUGUUGUUGCCAGUUCAGCAGACAUCGUUGAUACUAUCUGCAUUGCCAUCGAGAGACGACAUCUGGCGGAAAUUUUACUUACCUACUGCAUUGGUGCUUUAUUAAGUUUCUUAUUUUCGAUCAACCAAAAACCACAACUUCAAAAACAAAUCACAGUGUUUAAGUCAUAUGAGAAGAUUUAAAAAGACACAAAAAA